AUGACGCCGCCGAUUAUGGCGAUAAUGAUGACAAUGGACUCGGCCAGCAGUGAAGCCAUCCAGCGCAUGCUGGAUGGGUUCACAUUCUCCGAUUUAAAAGGUUACAGUUUCGGUAAAACGGAGAAUAAACUUCAGUACUUCCUCUUUGACGCUUCUCUUAAUUAUUCCAACAAGUUUCUGCAUAUUUCACCUUUUGGGACUCAUAGGGCUGGUUACCCGAUUUCCAUGCGUAUAAGUGACCGAGAUCCCAACAGUCCCCUCGAACCCGAAGUCGAUUCUACCCAGGAAAUACAAUCAGUGAAUACAGAAGAAGUUAAUGAGACAAUAGUCUCAACCACAAGUGAGAUUUGUGGGCGAAAGCUUUACCACCGUCAUAAUAGAAAGAAAAGAGUUAUUGGCGGCGGCAGAAUAUUUCCUGGUGACUAUCCUUGGUUGGUGUCCUUAUAUUUCAAAGGGAAUCAUCCUUUCCAAGUAAAAUCCGGUUUCAAACAUCUCUGCGGUGGCACUUUAAUCCACCCACAGUGGGUCUUAUCAGCUGCACACUGUUUUGAGGAGUACGUGUUCAGCAAUCUUCAUAAUAUCAAUUAUUGGUCAGCUGUAGUUGGUGAAUACGACUUGAGGAAAAAUGAAAGCUAUGAACAGAUUAGAGCCAUCGAAAAAAUCAUCACAUAUGACAACUUUACAUUAAAACCUAUCAAAUAUGACAUUGCAUUAUUGAAACUGCGAAAACCCGUCGUUAUUAGCAAGCACGUCAAUACGAUUUGCCUUCACAAGAACGAGACUUUCCUUGUGGGUGAGACUUGUACUGUUACCGGAUGGGGUACCCUUUCUACCAACGGCAAAGGUUCUGCAAUGCCUUACCAAGCGAGUAUAGAUACCAUUUCUGACGCAAUCUGCAAAUCAAGGUUGUUUACAUUGCCAGACGAGGAACGAAAUGCGUACAAAUUUUAUGACGGUGCUUUCUGUGCCAGCGGCUUCUCUAAAGAUGCUUGUUACGGUGAUUCCGGUGGGCCACUUCAGUGUUACAGGAACGGCAAGUGGCAUAUUAUUGGAAUAAUAUCAUACGGUUACAAAUGUGGGAGAUAUCCAGGAGCCUACUCAAACGUGAAUUAUUUCUUCGAUUGGAUCCACGACAAAAUAAACAACCAGUAA